AUGUUGCGGAGGUUUCUCUCUACUCACCUCAAAACCCUAGCCGCCGCUUCCUCCUCUUCUUUCACUCCCCGAUCUGCUUCCGCCGCCGCCAGAUUCGCCGCUCUUUCUCGCUCCUCCCGCUACUUCUCAACUCAAUCCGAGGAUGCGACUGCGAUCAAAAAGAAGGUUGAGGAUGUAAUGCCUAUCGCUACUGGACACGAGCGCGAGGAACUUCAAGCUGAGCUCGAGGGGAGGAAUAUUCUUGAAAUAGACCAUCCCGAAGGUCCAUUCGGCACAAAGGAAGCUCCUGCCAUUGUAAAAUCUUACUAUGAUAAAAGGAUAGUUGGAUGUCCAGGAGGUGAAGGCGAGGAUGAGCACGAUGUUGUUUGGUUUUGGCUGGAGAAAGGCAAACCUCAUGAAUGUCCUGUGUGCGCACAGUAUUUUGUUCUUGAAGUGGUAGGACCUGGUGGACCACCCGAUGGACAUGGCGAUGAUGAUCACCAUUGA